AUGAAGGCAAACAUUGCAGUUCUUUGCUUUCUCGUCGCACUAGCGUACGCCAUUGUGGUCGAGGCGCAGAUGGGGCCCCCCAUUGACGAUGACGCUCUGAAUCCAAAUUGCGAAAGGCCGCCCCCUGAAUGUCUUGGAGAAUCAUUUACUGUUUACGUUUACAACAGUACAAAGGGAUGUUAUCCAGUUGGGCUUAAGGAAGAUUGUCGCAGGGUUGGGUAUUACACGACUUUAGGCGAAUGCCAACAAAAGUGUUUACCUGCACCUGGUAAGUCGAGAUGCAAGCAGUCAUGGGCCUAA